AUGAAUAUAAGACACGUAGAAGGCUGUGAAUAUAACGAAAAAGAAAAUGAUAAAGCAUAUAAAGAUGAGAUUAAAAAGGUUAUGGAAAAUUUAAUAAGUGAGAGGAAAAAACAUUUCCAAGAGCAAGAUAAUUAUUAUAAUGAUACACGAAUAUGUGCUUGUCCUAAUAUAUUUUGUAAUAUUUAUACAGAUCUAUAUAAUUGGUUUGGUUUUAAAAAUUGUAAAAAGAUAGAUACAGAAUCAUUAAAUACAUGUUUUACGGAUAUAACAAAUGGGGGUGUAGGAUAUUAUGAAAAGUUGAUUGUAUUAGGAAGUAGAAUUUUAGAAUUAUAUAGUGAAUUACAUUUUUUUAAUAAAUAUAAUUAUGAAAAAGAUAAAGAAAUUGUUCAAGAUUUACAUAAAAGUCUUACACCAAUUAAAGAUGUCGUUUAUCAUUAUUUAUAUGUUCAAAAAAGAAAAAAUCGUAUAAUAUAUAAAAAUAGUUUAUAUUUAUUUGGAUAUUCUUAUUUAUAUACACCUUUAUUUUUUAAUAAUAAAAAUUCUAUUAUAAAAUAUGUUAAAGCAUGUAUAGCAUAUUCAGUUAAAUUUAGUAGAGCAAAUAUCUUUUCAUGGAUGCCAGUUUUAAUAGAGCAUAUAUAUCACUCUCAAAAAUUAAAAAUUUCAAACAUAGAAGAAGAAAAUGAAUUGUUACAAGACUUACAAGAAUAUUUUGGUUAUCAGUUUGAUUAUAUAUUACCUAGAAUAGCUGAAUGUUUUAGUCAUCAUAAUCUGUAUAUUAAAAAUUCACAUCUAACAGGAUUACAUAUUAUUCGUAUCUUUGCUAACGACUAUUUUUCCCUUUUAGCUGAUGACGUAAACAUUGAGGGAAAGGAAAGAGCUAUAUGGGUGCGAGAAGAAACCGAUGCAUUUUUAAACUCCAUGUGCAUAGAAAUAUUUAGUGGGUGCAUGGUGUCACUAAACAAAUAUUUAAAUGAAAAAAAUGUGAAGAUAUCUAAAAUAAGAGAUAUUUUUGAGAUGAUAGUAUCAUCAUGUUGGGUUUUAGGAAAUGAAAAAAGAAAUAAAAUAUGGGUAAGUGCAUUAAUACAAAGAUUAAGACAAGUUCAAUUGUUAACUCAAAUAACUACAAUAGAGCAAUGGUCUUAUAGUAUAAAAAAAUAUAAUGAUAUGAACAUAAAUAAUUUUGUAAAGGAUAUUUACAAUUUUAAUAACAUAAAUGGAAAUAUAUUAUCUCCCUUCCAAUUACAAAAUUUAAAUAUUUAUUUACCUCCUAAAGAGACAAAUAUUAAACAAAUCCCAUAUUAUACAACAUUAUCCGAUAAAUAUAAAAAUCGAUUUAAACAAGGAACUGGUAAAAUCGAGCAAGAACAUCCAAAUGGAUGCAAACUUUAUGAUGUUUUAAGUAAUAUUACAAAUAAUAUACAAAAAAGUUUUAAAUCUAGAACCUCAAAACAUUUCCAAACAACAAUAGUAAAAAAAUCUUUGACUCCAAAUCAACCAAAUAAUUUUCCAGAUAUGAGAUUUAGCAAUUUUAAGACAGAAGUGACUUUUAAUGAAGUUCCAACGAACAUUAUUAAUACAGGGCAUUUAGACCAUUUAAAGUAUAACCAAGAAAAUAAUAAAAGUGUUUCAAAAAAUAAAAAUAAUAAAAUUCCCGUUAAAAUAAAAUAUAUUAAAGAUUCAAAAGAUGAUGAUAAAUCAAAAUAUGUUAUAGAAAUCCCAAAAAAGGAAUUAAAAGGAAAGAAUAGCAAAGAUCAUAUAAAAGCUGUGUUAUGGGGGAAUAGCAAGAAGGGAUUAGAAAUUAAGCUUCCCGUUGAGACAAAUAAUAAAAUAUAA